AUGCACAAACCCAUCACCAUGCCACACACCACCUCCCCCUCAAGCCGUCUCAGACGCGCCAUCCACGCCCUUCCCUUCCUCCUAAUAACAGCCCUCAUGUCCCGCGCCUUCGCAAUGGCAAAGCCGAUCGGCCCUACAAUCGAACAAACCCUCCAGACCUCUGUUUUCAGCGCGCAAAACGUUACCGUACCUAUUAUCAAAAACUUCUAUGGCGUGCCUGUUCUAGAUGACGUUUUUGCUGUUGUCACUGUUGCGUUUGCGCAUUUGCAGUUCUUUACGGAUGAGGAGGCUUACUGGCAGCUUUUGGUGUUCUUGACGGAUUUUGCGGGGAUGUAUGCUGUUGUUAUGAUUGAGGGGUAUAGACCGGGGAAUACGUUUCCUGCGAUCAAGUACCCUGUUGUAUUUUUGUUUCUGUCCCAGAUGUUUGGCAUAGGUUGUCUUGCGCCUAUCUUCUUCUAUCUGUUCUACAUCUUCACGCCCGCUUACAAACUUACAACACCGAGUCUGUAUCGUCCUGGUGUAGCGCCUUGCUUAGCUGUUUUGCCUACGAUUGUGUUUGGGUACUAUGUCACGCACUUUCCAUCGUUCUUCCACUCGUCUCUUGAGGCGAGGAAUUGGUGGAACUGGAUUUGGCAGCUGUUUCCAAUCUGGGGAUCCAUCAUCAUGCUUAUGCUAUCGAAGAUCAUUCGUCAGCCGAAGGAGCAGACACUAAAGACAAUUAAGCAAGAGCUUAAUGCUAUUCGACUCACAAUCGGCAUCAUCAGUGCUAUAAGUACGGCCAUGUGGUGGUAUACCAUUCUCAACAUGAAUUCCACCAUCUUCGAAGUCUUUAUUCCUCAGCACUUCCUCACAACGCCACAAGAGCCAAUCCUCGGCCUUCGAACUGUCAUUCAAUUCGACUACAUCUGCUGUUACUCGGCUGGCUUUCUUUGGUUGGCGUACCACUUCAAGGACCUUGAAAAUGUCGGAGUUUGUAGUAUUUCAUGGAUCCGAGCCGGCUUUGCUUCUCUUGUGCUGGGUUGUUUACUUGGGCCAGGAACUAUGUUUCCUCUUGUUUGGCUUUUGAGAGAGGAGUUAUUGGUCGCGACGCAGGCUGGCGUGAAGAAAAGUGAGAAUUAG